AUGGCUAUACCAAGAAUUAAGUUCAAGACCCCAACAGAGUCACAGAGGAGCUCCAUUGUUCCAGAAAGGGGGAGUACUUUCCCAAUUCAAAAACAUUCCGAAGACAAUGAGGCUGUGGUAAACAUUGUUAAGUGUGGUAGUUCUUGGACCCCUGCCAACGCGUUUUCUUUGCCUGAGCAUUGGAAUCUGAUGGAAUCCAUGUCUCGUUUUCUGAGCAGAGCGAUCGGUUUUCGGAAGCACAUUAUCAACGCAACCUCUCCUUCAAGAUUUCAACAUCUGGUUUGUGGUCAAAUCCAGUGGCUUUCUGUGGGGUACGCAAAUUCAACCGCCUCAAAUGGCCAUUCUUUCACUGUUUCAUAUCUGGUUGACGUAUGUGGCUUCUCAGCUAAACAAGCUGCUUCCGCUUCUGAGCGUGUCAGCUUCGAAACGCGAGAUAAGCCAGAUUUAGUUAUCAAUUUCCUGCAAAAACAUGGACUUUCUCAAUCCCAGAUUGCUCGUUUCAUUAGACAUGAUCCAUUGAUUCUUCGAUGUGACCCUGACAAAACCCUUCUGCCCAAGAUUGAGUUUUUAAAAUCCAUGGGUGUUUCGAGCUCAAGCAUCCCUAAGCUCUUGUGCAGUUCUCCUGCCAUCAUGCGGAGAAGCCUAAGCAAUCAGCUCAUUCCUUCCUUUGAUUUCUUCCGGGGUUUGUUUCAAUCUGAUGAGAAGCUCACUCAAGCUCUUACAUAUUGCUCGGGCAUCCUUCUUUAUCUUAACACUCAUGUCGUGCCUAAUAUGAAGCUAUUGCGAGAAGCAGGAGUUUCUGAAUCAAAUGUCAUGAAAUUGUUGCAAUUUUUCCCUAGGGCACUAACUACUAAUACUGCUCGGUUUAGGGAAGUUGUGGAAGAAGUGAAGGAACUUGGGUUUAAUCCUUUGAAGAUUCAAUUUGUUAUGGCUGUUCGGGUAUACUUAUCCUUAAGCACAUCCACACGGGCAAACAAGUUUGAUGUUUAUAAGAAGUGGGGUUGGUCUGACCAUGACAUUCUCGCGGCAUUUAGGAAGUACCCCUUUUGUAUGACCGUGGCAGACGAUAAGAUUGAUGCAGUAAUGGAGUUUCUUGUCCACAAAUUGGGCUGUGAGCCUUCCACCAUUAACAAAAAUCCUUCCGUUUUGGCAUUGAGUUUGAAACGGCGAAUUAUGCCCAGAGGUGCUGUCAUUCAAGCUCUGUUGUCAAAGGGUCUGAUAGAAAGAAAAGCAUUGGUUGCAGCAUUUAUAUAUACUGAAGAUGGCUUUUUAAGGAGAUUUGUCAUUCGUCAUGGGCCAGAAGCUGGUGGAUUAUUGGAGUUGUAUCAGUCUAAACUGGAUCUGGCAAGGUGA